AUGGCCACGCUCCUCCGCAGCAAGCUGUCCAACGUGGCCACCUCGGUGUCCAACAAGUCCCAGGCGAAGAUGAGCGGCAUGUUCGCCAGGAUGGGCUUCCAGGCGGCCACCGACGAGGAGGCGGUGGGCUUCGCUCACUGCGACGACCUGGACAUGGAGCACCGGCAGGGGCUGCAGAUGGACAUCCUCAAGUCCGAAGGCGGUGAGGAGGGCGGCGAGCAGCCCCUGGAGGGGGACAUCCAUUACCAGCGGGACGGCACCGGGCCGCUGCCGCCCUCCGCCUCCAAGGACGCAGGGGUCUGUUCCGAGCUGUCCGGGCAGGGCAAGCCCAAGAUCACGGCGUGGGAGGCGGGCUGGAACGUCACCAACGCCAUCCAGGGGAUGUUUGUGCUGGGCCUGCCCUAUGCUAUCCUUCAUGGUGGAUACCUAGGACUCUUUUUAAUAAUUUUCGCUGCGGUGGUUUGCUGCUACACUGGGAAAAUCCUUAUUGCCUGUCUUUACGAAGAGAAUGAGGAUGGGGAGAUAGUCAGGGUGAGAGACUCCUACGUGGACAUAGCAAACGCGUGCUGCGCGCCUCGCUUCCCCACGCUGGGGGGCAGAAUUGUGAAUGUGGCUCAGAUCAUUGAACUGGUCAUGACCUGCAUCCUCUACGUGGUGGUCAGUGGGAACCUGAUGUACAACAGCUUCCCUAACCUGCCCGUAUCCCAGAAGUCGUGGUCCAUUAUUGCCACAGCCGUUCUCCUGCCUUGCGCGUUCUUGAAGAACCUGAAGGCAGUCUCCAAGUUCAGCUUGCUCUGCACGUUGGCCCACUUUGUGAUCAACAUCUUGGUGAUCGCCUACUGCCUCUCCCGGGCACGCGACUGGGCGUGGGACAAGGUCAAGUUCUACAUAGAUGUGAAGAAGUUUCCCAUCUCCAUUGGCAUCAUUGUCUUCAGCUACACCUCCCAGAUCUUUCUGCCUUCCCUGGAGGGGAACAUGCAGAACCCCAAGGAGUUCCAUUGCAUGAUGAACUGGACACACAUAGCAGCUUGCAUCCUUAAAGGACUCUUUGCCUUGGUCGCCUAUCUGACCUGGGCUGACGAGACCAAGGAGGUCAUCACAGACAACUUGCCAUCCACCAUUAGGGCAGUAGUCAACAUUUUCUUGGUGGCCAAAGCCUUGCUCUCCUACCCCUUGCCGUUUUUUGCAGCUGUGGAGGUCCUGGAGCGAUCCCUUUUCCAGGAUGGAAACAGGGCGUUCUUCCCCAACUGCUACGGAGGUGACGGGCGGCUCAAGUCCUGGGGGCUCACUCUCAGGUGUGCCCUGGUGGUGUUCACCCUGCUCAUGGCUAUCUACGUCCCGCACUUUGCCCUCUUGAUGGGUCUCACUGGGAGCCUCACUGGUGCGGGUCUCUGUUUCCUGCUCCCCAGUCUUUUCCACCUCAAGCUCUUGUGGAGGAAGCUCUUGUGGCACCACGUCUUCUUUGACGUCGCCAUUUUCGUUAUAGGAGGGAUCUGCAGUGUCUCCGGGUUCAUCCACUCUUUAGAAGGCCUCAUAGAGGCAUUUAGAACCAAUGCUGAAGACUAA